CUCAUUCUGGCGUGAACCUCGGACCGGAGAACAUCUAGAAUCAAUAACAGCAACAACAGUCAUUAUCAGUGUGCUCCUACGUGGUGGAUGGACCGGUGUUGACGAAGACUAAGAAAGAAAAUAACCAAUUUCAUCAUUAUGCUGGAGGAAGAAUAAGACAUUGCAGAACCGAUAUGUGUACUAUAUAAAACAAAACUGUUAAGAAGAGCUUUAAUUCAUUACAGUUUUGCGAUUCGUGGCGAUAACUUGUGUUCGUGGCAUUGAAAUAAAGCAAUUGGUGCAGUGAUUACAUCGAUAUGGGACUGAUAAACUAAAUGUUCGUAUUUGCUUUCAAUGAAAAAAACGCUUAGGAAGUGCAUCAAUUGCAACAAUUGGUGAAAUUGUGUUGACAUUUGCUGGUUAUCGAAUGCAGAAUCUUGGAAUUAUGUGGCACUUGAAAUACCUUACGAUAGAAGUCAUCUUCUUUUGCUUGGCAAAACAGAGCGUGGCGCAGUUUAAAAUACUUGGUAUCACAUCCGGAAGGACAAACAAUGACAGUCGCGAGGUCACGUUAAUUCAAAUCAAUCCCUUGCAUGAAAACACAUCAGACAUGGUUAAACACAGAUCGCAGGGAUACGUACCAGUGCAAAAUGAUAAUAGUACCAGCAAACCAAAACCAAUAACCGAAACCACAAUUAUCGUCGAAAAUCAACCAAGUAAAAUAAUUAAACUUCAAAUAAUAAAUGACACUGUCGCUAGCAACACUAGUACUAGAGAAGCGAAAUUGCAAUAUGACAAACGUCGCACCGACAAUAGCAUUAUAAAUAUAACCCCAUUGAAGAUCACCUCAUCUUCUGCCAAUAGACUGACAUCUUAUCACCGCCGAAGAGCUACCAGUUCCAUCAAACUCGCCGGUGAUUCCGAAUUAUUCUACAUACAUAAACCAUCAACAUCCGCACCUUUCCGGAAACACGACCUCCCAAAAACGAACGACAUUGCUGCGGAUUUUGUAAAUCAGCGAUACAAACGCAGAAAAUUCAAAUCCAGAUGCCGCUGCGAACGUAUUUGGAACUGCUCACGAAUUCAAAUGUCCGUUGGUCGGUGUGCGCCUGAUUACUUCAUGUGUUGUUGAUUGAUAACAAUAAAAUGGCUGCACUCGAACAAUUUGAAUUAGUUUAAGAAAUGUAUUUAUGACUAUUUAUUGAAGAAAACUCAUUCUACUAGGACAUACAUUCCAACUGUACAAUAAAUUAAUAACAACAAUCCAUAAGAAUAAUGGAUGAUGCUCGGUAUAAACAACGGAAGCAAUUUAUUUGUUUUCCUUUCGUCUAAAUCUAGGCGUAUAAUAACAUAAAGUCA